CGGGUGUAGGGAUUUGUACAAUGCAUGAACAAGGCUAUUGAACUAGACAUUGGUGUCUGUCUUUAUUACUUUAUCCAAUAUAUCAUACUGAAACAGUAUAUACAGUAUCAUCGGUAACAAUUGUGUACAAGCCACCUAGCUAAUAAAAUACUGGGGCUAGCAGUCAUUAGUUACAUUUCAACCAUAGCGAUUCCCUAAUUGAGGCGCAACAGAGUUCACCGGCGAAUGCAGGAACACCGGAAAUAAUAACUAAACCAACGAACGAGGAAUGGUGGAGGCUACCAGAACGAAGAGACAUUUUUCGGGAUAAACGUGGGACCUGUUGGAUCGGAGGGUGAGGGCUAGGGCCAUUCCCCCCCAGAAAUAUCCGGGAACUUGCAGAGGCAGUCAGUGUGUGUGACAACACUCUUUCUGCUGACACUAGACGGCAUCAAGACCAGAUGCAGGAAGAUACUCAGUGAAACACAACGGUGCAUGUUUAUCAAUAAUUGGAAGAAGCAAUUUCAUAAAUUCAUCAAGUGCAGCGUCUGGAUGCUCCUCAUUAAUCACAUCAGACCAACAAAUAUUAACAUCAUCCACGUUUGCAAUGGGGCUAUAUCUGGUGGUCCUCUGGGUCUGUGCUGUGAUGCUGCAUUCCCUUGGGAGAGCAGAGAAAGUAACUCAAACGAUUGAAACAAGUUUCUCUGAGAGCACAGAAGGGUUGACUGCUGGGACGGUUACUAUAGGGCUGGACGAGACCCAAAGCCCUGCUACACACACACACCAGAGCCUAGAACCUGAACAGAACCAAGAACCGCCUCCCUUAUACCCCUGUCAGGAUGACGAGACGGAUUAUAGAGAAAUAGUGUACCAGAGGGAUUAUCAUGGUGUUAUGCAGCUGGUUCAGAGCGAGGAAUAUGAAUACACUGACAUUGACACCAGCAUUGACACCAGCAUUCACCCCUGCAACCUAUCACCCAGUGGACUGGCCCGCUGUCUUAUCUACCCAACCAAUCAGCUCAACUGCUCCUGGAAAUUCCAUGGUCUCCCUAAUGACAGCCAAUCCUCUGCCUCUGUCUCUGUGUGUAGGAACAAUGAGAGUAUGUCCAGUGUGGACUGUGUCUCUGAGGUCAUGGGAGCCCAGGGAUGGCCUGGCGGUGUGGGUCGAGACGUGUCUAUUGGCUGCCAAGGCAGUGUGGGUGACGGCGUCACCUCUUUGAGUCUGACUUUCAAAGUGUCACUCCCUGACGUGUGCUGCAUCUACACCAAUAAAAUGGACACCAUAGAUAUUGAAGUACUGCGCCCGCCCCCCAACAUCACUGCCUGGGUCAGAGAGGAGGGUCUGCUGGUGCAGUGGGGUCUCUCGUCCAGCACCACACCCAGAUGCUUCCACUACCAGCUACAGAUCAAUGACCUGGUGAGGAGCUUUACAGAGGGACUGACAUACACUGAGACCAACCUAGACCACACACAAUGGUACGAUGUGAAGAUGAGGGUGAGGAAGAAUAGUGACUGCAGAGGAUCUGAAUACUGGAGCAGCUGGAGCAACACCAUCACGGUGGCCCCGUCUGAAUCACACAAUCAGCUGAACACUCUAGGGGUUGUUGGCAUCACUCUGGGGAUACCCAUGAUCCUCCUGGCUCUGCUGCUGCUGAUCAGACUCCAUAGGGAACGUCUGUUUCCCCCCAUCCCUGGUCCCCCACUGAAGAUGAAACACCUCUUGGAGAGAGACGAGCUACUUCAGGCCCUGCCGUCCAAAUGUGUUGAGGAGAUCACAGUGGUGGAGGAAGCUGAGGAAACACCUGUCAAUAUGGCCAGUUAAACAAGAUGGCCUGUUUUUAAAGUACCCCUUGUAAAUACCAGACUGAAGCUUGCGGGUUCAGACGGCUUUGCUAGGCUGUUUAAAGCCCUGUCAUCGUUAGCCCCUAGGCUCGUGGGCCGAUCUGUAAGAAGGAUCCCCUUAGCCUAUCAUAGGUCAAGAUGCAGUCAUUGCCAUUUGUUAUUACCUAUACAGUCCUUUCAGAUCUACAAGAAGUAGGACAAGGAAAGUGUGUGCUUGUAGGGCAAGUUUGACCUUCCUGGUCCCGUCCCUCAAGUCCGUGAGUCAACACAGGAAGGAGUAAUGGAUGGAUAGUUAUUUUAUUUCCAAAGCUGCAAUCAUGGGACACACACAGUAUGGAUGAAUGAUUAGUAGUAGACGGGAUAUAACAGCACUCCCACAGCAAUUCUCCAUAAAUCUGCUGUAUACCGUAAUUUCCGGACUAUUGAGCGCACCUAAAUAUAAGGUGUAAAAAAAAUAUUAGUUUGAACAUAAAUAAGCCGCACAUGUCUGUAAGCCGCAGGUGCCUACCGGUACAUUGAAACAAAUGAACUUUACACAGGCUUUAACGAAACACGGCUUGUAACAAAAAUAAAUAGGCUUUAACGAAACACGGCUUGUAACAAAAAUAAAUAGGCUUUAACAAAACACGGCUUGUAACAAAAAUAAAUAGGCUUUAACGAAACACGGCUUGUAACGAAAAAUAAAAAAUUAGCAGUAAACAGUAGCCUACCAAGAAAGUCAUGAGUCACUAUCUUCCUCCUCCUGUGCACUGAAACCACUGAAGUCAUCUCCUUUAAAAAAAAAUUGAAAGUGGGAAAAAUCCAUAUAUUAGCCGCGUCAUUGUUUAAGCCGCGAGGUUCAAAGCGUGGGAAAAAAGUUGCGGCUUAUAGUCCGGAAAAUACGGUAAUAUACAGACAAAAGAGCAAUUGUAAUGUCUUUCAAAGUCAUUGUGAUCGUAUAGUGGAUUUAACUGUUUCUAAUAAUUACAAAUUUACUAUAAUAAACAUACAUUGUUUCCAUGUGUAAUUUCAUAUUCACAACAUCAGAAUAAACUAUCAUCCAUUUUAGUAUUCAAAAGAUAUCAAAUGAAACUGAAAAAUAACUCAAAUGUCACACUCUUGUUGCGAAAAAUUCAAUACACCUAGAAUGUACCACAUAUUUUCCUCAGCUAACAAAACCAGGCUAAUACACUGCUAGCUGGUGCUCAUAAAUUUAUAAAACAUAUACUUUACACAUUUGUCAAAUUACCUGCAAUCAUGGGACACACACAGUAUGGAUGAAUGAUGAGUAGUAGACGGGAUAUAACAGCACUCCUAAAGAAGAUGCAUUCUCCAGUUAGCUACCAACUUCAAAGAGGGAACUUUAGCUAGCAUAAAACCCACAUGGCAAAAUGAGCUUCGGCAAAUAACAUAUAAAGAGUGGCUUAUUUGACGCCAAACCAACAACAUUAGUUACUGAUAACAUAAAUUGCUCAUGUAAAAUGUGAAUUUUAUGAUGUAAUGUCAACUUUAUACAUUUCUAUCCCGGGACCAUUCCAUUUUCAACUCGCCCACAGCAAUUCUCCAUAAAUUUGCUGUGGAUUACUCAGAAUCCCAUACUUUUAUCACUGAGACAAUGUAAACACACUAAUCCACCAGGCGGUGGCAUAAUACCAAUUUUAUGCAGGAAUUUAACAAUUUAAUCACACCGUUACACAAGCAGUUUCUUGGGUCAGAUAUGUUGGAUUCUAGCUUGAAAUAUACUUAUUCAUGUUACAAUACUAUAAAUUAUUGAUGACUUUACAUGUACAGUGAAUGUAUAUGUUUGGGUCAAUGGCGGAUAAGAACUAGGUGUAUGGAAAGUUAAUCAGUGGGUCCUAUGGAGGGAGGCAAAGGGAAACAGUCUGGUUUCAGUCACUGGUAAGGUAGGACAGCUGUGGAUUAGGGAGGAGUGAGAAAUUCGGCCCCAGGUCAGAUGAAAGUGAGAAGGAAUAGUCCUGUCACGCGCAGACUUGCAUGCCCACAAAGGUUCUAGUAGGAGGCGGGCCAUGACUACACCAGUGAGAAGAACCAAUUCAGUUCCUGACUAGCAACAGUGAUGUUGGCUAUCUAGAUAUGCAAAGAGGUGACGCCUCCUAGUACUAGGCUAUAAAGAUAUGUGCUUGUGUAAACAUGUUUUUGUCUUUGCAGCUGUUUGACCCAGUGGGGGAAUAAAGUUGGUUUGAGCUUUU